AUGGCUACACCACCGUUCACAUCCUCGCCAGCCCUGGCUACGCGUGGACAACUCCGACAACACUCUGCAGUUCCUCCCUCUUCACCACCAAUCCCAUUCCUCUCCAGGAAAAGAUCUCUCAAGAGAACGGCAUCGGCGUCUUCGUCGAUAGACCCUGAUUCUCCUUCAGAUAGGCCGUCGAAAAGACGGGCUCUUCGAUCUUUGAGAAGAACAAAUAGUGUCUCUGGAUCCGAACUCGCCGGCAACGAAAAUGCUCGACUGACACCAUUCCCUGCUACUCCACCUCGCAUUCUCAAAAGAACGCCUUCUCUUCUUCCUGCCAUCGAUUUCCAGGCUUCGCCUCCUCGUCAGGUCCGACCAGCGAAAUCCGAACAGGUUUCUGAUCAGGAACCAGUUGUUGUUGCUCCCGAAGAAAAAGCUAACCAUUAUCCUACUCCGGUUCCGACUUCUGAAAUUGGUAUCCCGACAUCUCCUGCCCCUAAGGUUGCUGCUCCUGUAUCCUCCCGACAAGGCUUGAACAGAACCAAUUCUGCUUUUUCUGAACUUCGUGCUCCUCUGGUCUCCGUCCCGACCGUAACACUUCCAAAGAACUGCCAACCAGUUACCUUUGGUCGUUCCGUCAACAAAUGUACUUACCUUAUGUCUAAGUCACAUACCGUAUCCCGUGUGCACUUCAAGGUCACCUACCUCGGCUUCGCUCUUCGAAAGUCGGUCGAAGUCCAUUGUGUUGGAUACAAUGGAGGUAGGGUUCACUGCCGUGGUGACACUUGGGAACUCCGUUAUGGGGAUAUCUUCUGGUCGGAAUCCGGCGACGAUAUUAUGGUCGAGACCGACAACACUCGUGUCGUCAUCCGUUGGCCUUCUGACGACCUCCAGGCCACCUCCCCUGUUUCUCCUGUCAUCAAACCCGUUGUUAUUCCCUCGAGUACCUUCCCUUACCCUGCCGAGUAUGACCUCUCCAUAGAAACCAAGGCUAGAAAUGGCCGACCGUUUCCGACCGAGGGAGUCGAAUUCUUUGGGAAGUUCACCCACGAGCCUGUUCCCAAGAUAAACAUCCCCAAACCCAGAAAUGGGUCUAUCGAUAUCAAUGCUCUUACUGAACCCGCUCCUCUUCGAUUGUCCCGCGAACCCUGGAAUAACAAUCCGGACUCUCCUUGCCCACAACCGAAGAGACAACGCUUGAUGCCGGUUUCGCCUCUACCCUUCGCGACCUUAUCGACAUCCCAAUCCAACUUCACAUUAUAUGAGGAUGAGGAUGAUGAGGACGAUGAUAUCGUUUUUGCCCCGAUAUCACCCGUUAAGGAUGAAGAAGAAGAAGACUAUGGCUUUGUUCUUCGUGAAUCCGAGAAACCGGAGGCUCUCAACACAGAGGUCGAACUCGACGAUGAUGAAGAGGAUGAAGAGGAAGAAGAGGAAGAAGGAGUGAAUGACAACGAAGAGGAGGACGCCAAUUACGACGAUGAGGAUUCCGAAAACGUCAAUGAGUCCGCUGCUCAUACCACUCCGACCAAGCAUACCGCCAAAUCGCAGAAACUUGCUUAUAAACUAAAGCACAAACUCGACGAAUCUGUUUCUCAGGACCCGCUCACCCCGAAGUCCAAAAUCUCCCUCAUGAAGCAUCUUUCCAACCAGAUUGCAUUCUCGCGACUUGCUUCCACUCCUCUAUCUAACCUUAUCAAAUCUCUCCCCCCUGGUGUUCGGGAAAAGGUUUCUGUUGAAUUUGUCCAGGCCCUCUUGACCAGUGUCCCGUGCAUCGGAGAGAUUAAGCGUGAGGGAAAGGAUGCGAGCGGAAAGCUAUUGGAGCCCGAGUAUUACUAUAUCGCAGACAUGGACUUUGAUUUGGACCGCAAGUCGAUCGUCUGUUCCCUUAACAAACCGAGUUUGAGGUCUUGCAGGAAAACUCAUAAGCAAUACUUUUGGAAGAAGCCGAAGGUUUAA